GACUACUACAAGGAGCUACAGGAGCGCAUAAAGCUGAAACGGCAACGAGUCACGGCGUACGCAAACUUGUGUUUUCUGCUCGGUACAUCAGCCUUGGUAGAGAGGCUAUUUAGCUCUGCCAAGUGCGUGAUGACGGAAAGUUGGAACAGGCUGCGUGCGGUCUUGUUCGAGGUGAGCAUGUUCCUGAAAACAAAU